ACGUUGUUUACCAUUCUUGAGAAAAGAGCAGAACUAGCUUCGAAAACCAAGAUGUAAAUCGUCCAAACGAGCCUUUCACAAGUUCGUAUACUAAUUUCAGUCAAAUGAGUUUCAGCUGCUACAUGAUUUGCCAAAGAGCAUUGCAAGGAUAGAAUCACACCGUGUGUUAGACACAGAGACUGGAUAAGCCAUGUCACUGUUCAAGGCCAGAGAUUGGUGGACAACAACUGUCGGUUCGGGGGAGGUCUUCGACCAGGGUAGCCUUGCUGUAGCAAAGAUUGAUGGAAAUUCAUCUACACAUGAUAAAAUCAUUGUCGGAAGCUUCAAUGGGGUCCUUCGAAUCUACCAGCCGCAGCCGUCCAAGGGAGAGCAUCUGAAAGCUGAAGAUGUAGUACUUGAAGCACAGCUGCAACAACCUAUCUUGCAGGUUGAAACUGGUCGCUUUGUUUCUGUAUCAGAAGCGUUGCAUCUAGCUGUACUUCAUCCCCGUAAACUGGCCAUUUACUCUGUACAAGGUUUGACUGGUGCAGUAGAGCAUGGUUCUCAGUACCAGCUCAAACUCAUGUAUGAACACAACCUACAGAGGACAGCACACAGCCUUGUGGUUGGACCAUUCGGAGGAGUCAAAGGUAAAGAUUUCUUGGGUGUCCAGUCCAUGGACGGCACCGUCUCCUUCUUCGAGCAGGAGAGUUUUGCCUUCUGCCGUUUCCUCCCUGGUUUUCUCCUUCCCGGUCCCAUCAAGUACAUUCCCCGGACAGACUCCUUUGUGACGGUGUCCUCCUCGUGGCAGGUGGAGAGUUACAAAUACCAGGUCCUUGCCGUGGCAACGGAUGCCAAGACAAAGGAAGAAUCACAGAAGAUUACCUCCGGCAAGAGGAUAACAGCUGACUGGACAUAUCCACUAGGAGAGCCUGUGCUAGAUAUGUCGGUAGUAACUCAUGCAAAUGCGGCACCUUCAGUAGUCAUCUUAGGAGAGAGGUCAAUAGUCUGCUUAAAAGAUGUUGGAACGUUACGCUUUUCUAAAAAGCUGGAGUACAACCCAAGCAGCUUCUACAUCUAUGCCUCAUUAAAUGAGAACAGUAUACACUAUAUGGUUGGUACACAUACCAGACAACUACUGGUCUAUGAAGAUACAACUCUUAAGUGGGCUGCAAAGCUUGAACAUGUUCCUGUGGCCUUGCAAGUUGGAGAAUUUCAGGACCUGAAAGGAGUGAUAGUGUGCCUUGAUGAUGAGGGUCACUUGGUAUGUUCCUACCUUGGUACGGAUCCGUCCCUCUUCGUAGUGCCGCCUCCCGAUUCCAGGGAGAUAAACUAUGACAACCAAGACAAGGAGAUGAGAGAUCUUCAAAGAGCCAUCAAGGAAUCGUCUCAUAAAGCAGACUUUGCUCCUAAGAAGAAGAUAGAUGAUGAACUCACCAUGAUAGCUGCUGUGCCGUCCAGUCUAGAUGAAGAUUCAGUUGCUCAAGAGACAGAGGUUACAGAUGAAGAUCCCAUACCUUCAAUAACUGUCAAGCUCACAUUGAAGAGUCAGAGUGGUCUAUCCAAUGUUCGAGUUCUGCUACUCUGCCCCUACCCAUUGGCUGCAACACAGAGUACUUUCACCAUUCCCUUUGUGGGAGAUUCGUCCAAUCCAACAACCACAAUGAUCGCAUUUUACAUGAGAGGACACUGUCUGCCGGCCUCGCUUGUUGCCAAGGCAACGGCAACAUACAAUACAGCAUCAGGAGCACCACGAGUUGUUCAAUGUGCAAUCAAGCUCCCGCUCAAGCUGGUUUGUAAACCCUGCCCGCCUGCCAAGAAUGCGACACACAAGCUCACUCUAGACUCCAACAAGAACUGUGCCAAUCUACAUGAUAUAUUCCCCGAUUUAACAGGACCAGAGGGAAUGGGUUCAGGUAAUGCUCUUGGUCUGCAGAUCUACGGCGGCCCCAAAAUAACCAUCCUUGCUUCUAAAUCAUCUCAGAGGUAUCGACUUCAGUGUGACAUCUUUGAGGCCAUGUGGCCAGUGGUCAACGAGUUCAUUGACCGUGUCCGGAUAUUCCAUCGGAAUACCGGGGUCAAGGACUUCAAGCUCUCUUUCACGUCAAAUCUGCCGGUCCAAGAAUUCUUUGAGCUCAUCGAUACCCAUAUGGAGUUGAGAGUUCACGCAGAGCGGUACAAGGAGCUUCUAGAUCAGAGGGCUAAGCAGUUCAGAGCCAUCCAGAGAAGACUUCUCACUAGAUUCAAGGAUAAGACUCCAUCCCCUCUCAACAAUCUAGAUACACUACUGGAAGGAACUUACAGACAGAUUCUGAAACUAGCUGAAGGUGUGGAUGAGAAUCAGAAGGCCCUUGUUCGCUGCUCCAUGGGUCUGAGCUGUGCAACCAGUAUCAUUACCACCCUUCUUGCUCUAGCACAUGGGUUCAGCGAAUCAGAGAAGGAGAUACUGGAUGCCAGUCUCUCGUCGCAAGUGCAGUGCGAAGGAGAUCAGGGUUGGGAGGAAACAGUGGAUGCCUCUAUCAUCAAUCUACUGAGGACUUGUCUGGCCAAAUCAGCGAAAGACCAGGCCAUCAAUCCAGCCCCUCUCACCAUGUCAGCUGAUACCUCCAAGCUCAAGAAGCACAUCAUGCAGGUCACAGAGAAGCUUGCUAAGGGAGCCAGACUGCAGGUCGAAGGUCAAUCACCUGGUGAAAGGCAGUCUUCAGUGGAACCCCCUUAUUCAAGUUCGGCACAGAAAAGCAAGGAUUUCUUUGAUGAAGAACCACCUUCUAAUGAAAGUCCUGUUUCGUACGGGGCACCAGCAGCAUCCAAGCCAGCAUCCCAUCCUCCACCGCCUGCCUACGCUGCGGCACCUCCAGAACGCACACCCAAGGCUGAGAGUGCACCCUUUACCAAUGGAGUGGAACCGGCCAUGGCGUCCCCGAGGAGCCAGGGUUCGCUAGGUGACCUACCGUCAUUGGGAGGCCCAGGGGUGAGGGGAGGGACAUCCUUACCACCCCUUGGUGGAGGACCAGCUGGUGGUGCAGCAGCACUGCCUUCACUCCAACCGAUCAAGAAGAAGAAGAAAAAGAAGAAGAGUUCCAAACAUCACGACCAAAAUGAGGAGUUUGGAGAAGACACAGAUCUGAGUAGCAUGGGAAGGAGCUCUCCCGACUCUAUCGUCUUAUAAUCCACAAAGAUUCAAUGACUCCACGUUGCGUUUUCCACGGGGCCCUAUGAGCUUCGGACACUAUGUAAUAGUGUCAGGCCCUCUAGGUACAAUGUAUCAUCCCGAUAGACCAGUUCGUAGUUAGCUUUGUGAGAAGUGAACCCAAAUAUCUACACCUGGAGAUGCCCCACUUUGUGCAUGUUGGAAUAAUCACUGCCAAAGUGAGGGAGGUGCUUCAUGGAGAUCUUUCCUUUGUCCUCGUGAGAAGAAUACUGCCACCCGAGUAUCAGACCAUGUGCUGUCCGGUGAAUACAGGAAUAUUGAUUACAUAGCCUUCAUGAGCACGAAUCCAAUAUUGGUAUCAAUGACUUUUACAAUUUUUGUGUCACAGCGCUCACGUCGCGCAAUUUACGCUGAGCCACAGUGACCGCAGUACACUAGUGCAGUACCUGUGUAGCGCCAGCUAAACAUAUUUGCAUUCUUCAAUGUUUCAUUUGAGCCGUGCAAUUUUCUUUUAUUUCUUUUUUGAAUGUGAUGUGAAUGUGAGUACGGUACAAGUUAUUAUAGAAGUGUUCAAAAUAUGAUACAGAUGGAAGGGAUAUAAAACAAAUAUAUAAUGAUUCAUUCUCGGAACAAGCUAAAACUAUUCGCACUCAGGAACAACAAUAGUACUAUUUGAUGUU